CAAGGAAAUGUUGCCGACCUAUCUCUCUUUCCUAUCUUUUUCGCUCAAAAAUAUAAUUUUAUUUAUUUUCUUUCUUUUCGCCCAAGUAACUUACAAUUCAAAGUGUUGAAUUUUCCUCAGAAACUAUAAAUGUUUUCUUUAUUAUUAAUUAUAAUAAUUUAGCUGAUGAAUUUCACAAGCUAUCCAGUGAAUUCCAUCUCCGUAUCAACGCCGUCGUCUCGUGAUCUCCGCUGCUUUGUUUGAUCGUUCGUUCCUCAGUUAUCUCUCUGUAUCCUUUGAUUCUUUCUCCGAGACGACCACAAAGAUAAAGACGACGGCGUUUGAUCUAUGAAAGAGGAGGUGAAUUAAAUUAGCUCGUAAGUUACCUUUGUACAAAGGGAAAUUUGUUGACUUGACAUCAACAUUAUGGAGACAACAUGCUUCUGCCGAGAUGGCCACUCAUUGCAGAAUUUGGUUUUGCAUUUCGUUCUUCAUGAUGCGGCUUCUCAGAAAUUCGUUAUGACAGACCUGUGCUAUACUAGUUUAGGAUUUAGUCUUUUUGUUAGAAAUUUGUAAAUAGUAGUUGCCUGUAGAUAAAUGGAGUCAAACUGGGUUGAAGUGUUAGAUAAUGACCGUAGGACAGCUGACGUCGACUCAAAAAGUAAAGUAGCAUCUCAGUACGUGGCACGUAUAGUUGGAGCUGGCACUGAGAAGCUGGAGGAGCUAUCAUUUCAACCAAAUUGUAGCUCAUUUUAUAGCAAGCUUGGUAAGAGGAAAAGGACUGUAGAAGGUGAAUCUAAUUGCAGAUCACAUCUCAGGAAAUCGACACUUAAGAACUACUCAAAUUUCAUUAAAAGUGGACUGCCACAACGUGUUUUAUAUCAUCAGAAUGGUGAAUGGAAUGAUUUCCCUCAAGAUAUUGUUCGUAUAGUCAAAGAAGAUUUUCGUGCAAAGAAGGCUGUGAUUGAGGUGAACUUUGGUGGCUUUCAUGUAAUACUUGAUAUUCUAUAUAUGGUUCAGGUAAAUUUGGUUACUGGAUUAGAGAAACCCAUUGCCUGGAUAGACGAAGCAGGUGGCUGUUUCUUCCCUGAUUUAUGUCUCGUCAGUUGUAAAAUGCAUGACAACUUUGAAAUCCAAUCGCAGAGAACUGAAGAAUUCAGUGCUGCUGAGCCGGAUAGGGCAACUAACAUCAAGUUGCAUCUUGAAAUAGAUUUUAAUGGACCAAAUAAUUGCAAAGUGGAUGAAGGUGUGGAAGAGUCAAAUGUCCGUGUUAAAAGGAUUAAAGUUGAUCCUUUAAAAGAAAAUCAACAAUUUGCUGUUGAUCAAAAAUCAUAUGUGGCAGAAAAUCAACAGGAUCAGGAAAGUCUGUCUCCUAUAUUAGAGGAUACACUUAAGUUGGUGGAUGCAGAAUCUGUUAAAACUAUGUUUGUUAAGGGAAUGAAUACCAUCUGUAUGGUGGAUAUAGUCAAAAUUAGUCAAUGCUUAAGUAUAUAUAUGAGAAAUCGCUUGGAACUGUUUGAGAAGCAGGUUGAGAUAACCCAAAAGUAUCGUGGGAACUCCAAUGUUCGGUAUGCUUGGCUUGCCGCUUCCAAAGAGGUAGUAUCUACAAUUAUGAACUAUGGCCUUAUGCAUGGGGCACGUGGACAGAAGACUAAUCUUGGCGUCGGAGUGCACCUCAUUGCCCAGGACUGUGCCUCUAAAAGUGCCGCUAGCUGUGAUAUUGACGAAAAUGGCAUCCGUUACAUGGUUCUUUGUCGUGUCAUUUUGGGCAAUGAAGAACUUUUGCAUUUUGGCUCUGAGCAAUCUUAUCCAAGCAAUGAUAAAUAUGAUAGUGGUGUUGAUGAUCUGGAGAGUCCUACUUACUAUACUGUUUGGAACAUGAAUAUGAACACACACAUAUAUCCCGAAUAUGUUGUGAGCUUCAGGAUGUCUUCAGGAGCAGAAGGGGCUCCAAUAAAGGAAGAAAGUCGGCUUGAUGUCUCCAGAGUUACUUCUCAGGGUUCUGAGGAGCAGUUGGACUUGAAUAAAUUGCCUACAGAAUUGGGGAAUUGUCAAUUUGUAAGAAACAUACAGCAAUCCCGUGGUGUUGGUGUGGGUACAAAUAAAUCCCCUAAAUCCCCCUGGAUGCCUUUCUCUAUGUUAUUCGGAGCUAUUUCAGCUAAAGUGUCUCCAAAAGAUUUGAAAUUGGUUCAUGCACAUUAUGACUUAUUCAGGAGCAAGAAAAUUUCCCGGAACGAUUUCAUUAGAAGGCUGAGGUUGAUAGUGGGUGAUCAGUUAUUGAAGUCUACCAUAACCAAUCUCCAGUGUAAGCCGCCUUCCGCAUCUCCAUGCUUUAUGAAUGUGCCGAGUGGGGAGAGUAAUUGUUGAGGCUGUACCAGAAAGGUGGUUUGCCUGCUUGGUGGCCAAGGGUCCACUUUUACCAAUCAAGCGUCAUCCUCUUCUCUCUAUCUCUUUUCUUUUGUUCUUGGUGUUAUGUAGCUUUAGUUUCUUUGAACAUUUUGUGAUUAGAUGCAGUUAUGUCGAGGCUUGCCCCUUCUUUUCUUCUAUAUAUGCGACUUCCAUUUC